GAGUUGAUGUAGUUGAUCGAAUCGGCGGCUAAAUUGAUUGGAUCAGAGGUUUGGUUUCUAAAACAGCGGUUGGAAGUGCAACAAACUCGAAGCUUCAGUUUAGCGUGGUGGGUACUAUUUAUUGUGUUCUAUUGUUUUAGUAGAGAGAAGCAUGGCAUCCCCCGAGCAUGAGAGCGGAGCUUCAAAGGAAGACAAUAAUUCUGACAACACCACCACCGCUAAUGAUUUCUUCGAUAUCUAUGGACCUCAAGCAAAAGCUGAAAUUGUUUUUAAAACGCCAGAAGCUAACCAAACUCUGAAUAUGGAAGAUGUUCAAGGGCUUGUAACCUGGGUGCUUGCUGAAGGCUUCAUGCCAUCAUGGGUAUUCAUAAAGAACAAACCUCUGAUUCCAAAGGUGGCUAUGCUUUUCAUUCCUGGCCUGGAUGCAUCAUUAUAUUUAUCGCACUCUAAGUUACUUUCUACUUUAAAAGGAUACUGCAGCAAUCCAAGGGCACUUUUAGCUCUUAGCUGUGUAGCAGAUGAGAUGCAAACAGUCGACGCUCUUCUAACAUGCAAAAUGAAGAGAAAGAGAAACAGAGCCGAAUUAUCUAUGCAGACAUGCGAACUAGGAGAUUUAUCAUCAAUUGAACUCUUGAAAGAUCUACCUUUCCCAUUAACAUAUUACACACUUACUGCUAAACAACUUGAAGAAAAUGGAUAUAUAAUCGGUCAACCAGGUUUCAUUUCUACCCUUCCUGCACCUUCAGGAUCUCCUGCUUGUAAUAUGCUGGCACUUGAUUGUGAAAUGUGUAUCACAAAGGAGGGCUUUGAGUUGACAAGAGUUACCAUGGUGGAUACUAAAGGAAAGGUUGUAUUGGAUAAAUUGGUUAAACCGUCAAACCCUAUUAUUGACUAUAAUACUAGGUUCAGUGGAAUUACAAGUGAGAUGCUGAGCGAGGUAACUACAAGCCUUAAAGAUGUUCAGGAAGAUUUCUUAAAGCUGGUUCACAAAGAGACUAUGCUGAUUGGCCACUCCUUGGAGAAUGAUUUGUUAGCCUUAAAGAUCUCUCACGAGUUGGUAAUUGAUACUGCAGUGUUGUACAAACAUCCCCGAGGUGGAUCUUAUAAAACUGCUCUCCGAGUUCUUGCCAGAAAAUUUCUCUCUAAAGAGAUACAGCAGUCAGGGAAUGGACAUGACAGUAUUGAAGAUGCAAAAGCAGCUAUGGAACUAGCAUUUUUAAAGAUUAAAUAUGGACCUGACUUUGGUUCUCCUCCAUCAUUUACACGGAGAAAGCUACUCACCGUUUUAAGUGAGUCCGGUAAAACUUCAUCUGUCGUUGAUGAUAUUUCAAUAGUGAAACGGUACGCUUCUGAGUCAUCCCAUGCAUUUCCUGUGUCUUCUGAUGAUGAAGCACUCUCAAAGGCCAUUAAAGAGGUAAAGAAUGAUCGAGUACACUUUGUCUGGUCCCAGCUUUCUGAGUUGAAUUCUUAUUUAAAGAAGCAGGCAGAUGAUGAAGAGAAAUUGAAGGCUAAACUUGCAGAGAUGUCAGCAUUGCUUACAUGUCAAAAGAAGCCCGCAAACAGAAAAGGCGUCAGAUGCAAUAUGACAUCUGAACUAAAGGAAAUUCUUAUGAGGAUAGAUGCAAGGGUCCGUAGCCUAUAUUCUGCUUUGCCAACUAAUACAAUGUUCAUAAUUUGCACUGGACAUGGGGAUACAGCUAUUGUUAGAAGAUUGAGGAAGAUGCUAACAGAAAAUCCGGACAACCGUGAGCGGAUUGUAAAGGUCUUGGAGGAGCUUCAAGCCCAAGCUGAAGUAGCUUUAUGUUUUGUAGCUGUAAAGAACUGAAGAUGCGAUGUUCAUUAUUCUUUCUGCUGAUGUCGUAGGCUGAUUUCGGUACCGAUAUUUCCCAAUUUUGGCGUUAAAAAAGUCAUUGGUUGAUUGAUGAGGAAAUAUUGUAAAUUCAUGAUGUAAACAUGUGUUUAUGAUAGUAGAAAUUUUUUAUGCA